CUUAUCACAAAUAAGCUAUUCUCCAACUACUUAGCUGACUGAGCUAACGUUAAGUAGCUAGCGAUAGCUUGAUGGCGCCCAGCUACCAACCGUUGAAGUUAGCUGAGAUGCUAGCUUAAGUAGCUUAGCGCACCCCCCGCCCCCCAUUCAGCUGUCCCGCGCAUUAGCAAGUAACCAUGACUGCAGCUGCUCUCUUAGGGGACCAACUGAUCCUUGAAGAGGACUAUGAUGAAAGCUAUUCACCCUCUGAACAAGAGAUCCAAGAGUACGCAAGAGAGAUUGGCAUUGAUCCCGACAGUGAGCCGGAGCUCCUGUGGCUGGCCAGGGAAGGCAUUGUUGCCCCGCUGCCUCCCGAGUGGAAGCCUUGCCAGGAUGUGACGGGGGAUAUCUACUAUUUCAACUUUUCCUCGGGACAGUCCACAUGGGAUCACCCGUGCGACGAGCACUACCGCUGCCUGGUGGCCCAGGAGCGUGAGCGCGCCCAGCUCACGGUCGCUGCAGGAGGCACAGGGGCGAAGAAGGACAAGGACAAGAAGAAGAAGAAAGAAAAGAAGGAGAAGAAAGAGAAAAAGAAGAAGGAGCCGCUUAAGACUCCUGCAGCACUCAGUUCAGUCCUGGGACCUCUACCAUCCCCGCUGGGCAGCCUGGCUCCUCUGAGAGGUCUGGAUGCUCUUGGCCCAGGCCCGCUGCCUGGUUCUGCCCCUGGUCUGCGGCGGCCCCUUGGCAGCACUGGGGGACUGGAGCCCCUAAAGACAUCCCUUGGGGGCCCUCGGAGCAGUGGAGCAUCUAGUGUUUUAGGCAGCAGGCAGGAGGAGAGGGUGUCUCUCACUCUGCCUGGCUUUGAUGAUGAUGAUGAUGAUGUUGAUGAUGACGACAAUAAGAAAAUCUCCGAAAACGAGCCGAGUCCUCGCGGUUCAGACCGAUUAUUGAAGAACCUUCAUCUGGACCUGGAUGCGCUUGGAGGAGGCCUACAUUAUGAGGACAGUGAAGCCAGUGGUGAAGCUCCAGCUGAGGAGAGAACAGAGCCAGAGUUGCAGGACUUGGCCUUAUCUGGAGACCACAGCCCUGAACCACCAUCCCAACAGGAGUCCGAGGCCAGUGAAGACAUUGAGAAGGCUUCAUCCUCCAUAGAUGUCAAGCUGUCGGAAAAGGUUCUGGACAUCAACGACCUGUCUGGCACUGUCAGUCCACUGGAGAGAGAUGAUAAAGAGGAAACAAAAGAGGAAGAGGAGAAUGAAGGGGGGGCAAAGACGAAGAAGGCUAAGGCUGCCAAGAGCCAUUUGCACACUGCUGUCAAAGACAACCCUCUAGCUCCAAAAGUUGACCGACUCGUCCUCCACCAGCUCAGCCAUUCGCCCUCCCUCUCAAGCUUGUCCCACUCAGAGCAAGCUGACGUGCUCCGUCUGAAAACCGAAAGCCUCGGCACGUCUCUGGGGCUACAGAGGCCUGAGACCUCCAGAGGCCGGCUGAUCCGCACUUCCAACACCCAACUUGAAGACACUGAACCCCCCUUACAAAACCAGGAGAGCCCAUUGGAAGAAGAGGGUGGCUCGAGAGUGUGGAAAGACAGAGAAAAGAAAGAGAGGGAGAAAGAGGAGGAGAGUAAGAGGGCAGAGAAAGCGGAGAGGAGUCUGAGAGAGAGGAAGGUGGAGAGUGAGAGGAGGAAGGCUGAUCAAGAGGAGGAGGAGGAAGACAGGGAGCAUAUGAUGAAGGAGAAGGAGAAGCGAAUGCGUCUCCUUCAGGAGGAGCUGAGGAGAAAAGAGGAUGAGGAGGAGAGGAAGCUGAAGGAGGAGAGUGAGGAAAGACUGAGGGCUCUGCGGCAGCAUCUUGUGUCUAAGAGGAGAGAGGAGGAGGCCAGGCUGAAUGAAGAGUCUGAGAGGACCCUGGAGGAGCUCAGAGAGUCUGUCCGCAGGGAGAGGGAGAGGGAGCAACACCAACUCAGGAAGGAGAGUGAGGUCAUGCUGAAGGAGUUACGCAUCACUCUAGAGGAAGAGCGAGUAGCGGAGCGCGACAGACUGGAGGCCCUGAAGAGGCAGGACACUGAACGUCUGAAGGCUGAGUCGGAAGAGGAGCUGCAAGCGGAGAAGAGGAGACUCCAGGGAGAGAGGGAGGAGAAACUAAACUCCCUGAAACACGAGGUCAAUAUCACAGAGAAGAGGAGGGAGUUCAUGAGUCCACGUCCUGAACAGCAGCUGGCAGAUUACCACCGAGAGCUAGCUGAUGUUCUUCAGGAAGUGCGGGAGGAAGUGCAGCGUGAUCACGAGAGGAAGCUGGAGCAGUUGAGGGAGGACCACAGAAGAGAGAUGAACAGCAUCAGAGAGAAAUACCUGGAUGAGGAGACUGCUCAGAGGGCGCGCUUGCUUUCUACUCUGCAGGAGGACCGAGAGCAUCUGCAGGCCUCGCAUGCUGUCCAACUGGAGAAGCUCCGCUUGCAGCUCAACACACAGAUACAAAAGACACAGCUGACACACUCGCGCAAGGAGUCAGAACUGGAGGAUCUCAAAGAUCAGAUGGAGCUGAGAGCCAGAGAGUUGAAGAGCCAGGAGGCCAUGCUGCAGACCAAGGUAGCAGAUCUGAAGAGGAGGAGGAAGAAGCUUGGGGAGGAAGAGGAGGAAGUGGACAGACAGAUAGAGGCCUUACCCCGGCUGAUCCAGGAGAGAGACCAGCUGACGGAGGAGCUGGAGAGGAUGAGAGAGGAGAAAACUCAAGCCAGAGAACUCCUUCAGAGAGCCAGAGAAGAAAGGAGUGAGGCCAAGGAGGAGGGGGAGAGGCUGAGGGAGGAGAGAGACAAAGCCAGGGAAGAGAGCAGGAGGUCCAGGGAGAACAAGGAGCGACUGGAGAGCAAGGUGGCGCUGCUGCAGGAGAGAUGCGACCGUCUCAGUCGCAGAGUCAGUGAGCUAGAACAAGGCGAAGGAGCAGACACCUCCACCAGACCAGAACCUAAACAGGACAAAAAGAAGGCAGAGAAAGCAGAGGUGACGGAGCCCUCCAGUGACAGGAGAGACUCAUCGCUACAUGUAGAAGACCUGGAGGAGCUGCCACUCUCCCCCGUACCCGACAGCCACAGCAGCAUGGACGAGUUUCAACGCUACAUCUCCACGCAUGGCGCAUCCAUCCAAAAAACCAAAGUCUUCCUGGAGAGGGAGAGCAGCCGGCUGAUGGAGAGACGGGCAGCUCUGCGGGCGGCCCAGACCAGCUCCUUCCAGGACCCCAACCACGAUGGAGGGGUGACUGAGGAGAUGACAAGAAACCUCCAGCAGGAGGCCAGAAAUGUGGUGGAGCUGCAGCGGGCGGUUCAGAGAGGAACCACUCUUCUGCGGAGGAAAGAGGAGCAACUCCAGCAGCUAGAGAGCUCUAUAGCUGAAGAGCCGCUGUUUGAGGGUCUGUCUCGGCUGGCAGGAGAGAGGAAGGUGACUUUUGAUGUGACUGAAUCUGACCUCAGCAGCACUGUGGACCCACUGGAUGGAACAGGAGGUCAUCCUACUGUCCCGGACAAAGUCCAGGAGUUAGCAGAGUCUUUGCAGCAGAUCUCGAGCCAACUCAACACCGUCCUGAGUGCGUUGGGUUCACUGGACCAGAGGCAGAACGCCACACCCUAUCCAGCCUUCCCUCUGCAUCUGUCUCAACCUCACUCCACCCCAGCUGCCACCUCCACCUCUACCUCUGCAUCAGUCAUGCACCAGAUGCGCACCCUGGGCCCCAGCUCCUCAGCCCCGGUGAGGCUCUCCGAGCCAUCCUGGAACUGGACGCCCCAAGGCGCCUCCGCAGCCACCCCUCUUUUCAGUACCCGCAUCAGCAGUGGGUUGAGGGGCUCUGAGGAUCUCAACAGCCGAUGGAGCCAGGUUUUCUCCAGAGGAGCUAUGGACCCAAUCGCCUCCAGCACCAUGGGGCCUACCUCCGCAUACUCAUCAUACACUCCUGUUAGUGAACAUGGUCGUAGCCUGCGGCCCAUGCAGAAGUCAGUGGAGGUAGACGGCCAGAAGCUGCAGGGCCUGAUUGACGGCAACAAGAGGUGGCUGGAGAUGCGCAAGAAAGACACCAGCAUACCUCUGUUCACUCGCUAUCCGGCUCCUUCAACAAAGAGCGGCCUGCUCCAGCUGGGCCUGGACGAUAACAACCAGAUCAGAGUCUAUCAUUACUGAGGACAUGACACACAGUUCAGUCCUGUUGCACUGUGACUGUCACUGAGGACUUUGAAGCAUUAAUGACUUUGACAGGUCAGCGUUGUGACGUUUACACACGUUGCCUCACGUGAGGGUCCCCUGAUUCAUUCCUUUUAAAGAAAAAAACUUUCAGUGCAAAGGUUUUCAGGGAAUGUCCAACCUCAUCUGCGGGGAAGCGAUGACUGCAGAGGACAUGGUAAUUCAGGGAGCAACGUGUCACAGAGGGCUGAGGACUUGUAUCCUCCAACAUUAGAUAUGGCUGUGAGCAACAGGAGACCUUUUUAAAGCACUUCAAUGUCACGUUUACAGAUUAUAGCUCAAUGCCAGACUUGGGCCAAAUGGUUUACUGUAGUUUACUUUGAUGCCCAAUGGGGAAGUCAAGUUUACUAUACUUCUUUUACUGAAAACAUCCCAGACACUUAUCUUCAUGUUGUGAACCCAUUUGCUGCUGUAGGCAGGAAAUAACACUACACAGUAGUGCUUUUCAGCUGCACAGAGGUCAAGUUUCAUUUCAUGAUAGGUUACAUUUAUAUUUAUUACACUGGUUUUGUAAGUGUCUUGUGUGGGAAAUGUAAGUUUUUUGAGCUAAUGUCAUUAGAUUUAGUUGUUUUAGCCGGUCAGAAACAGAAAUCACUGUUUGUAAAGGUGAGGCCAAUCCAAUUUUAUUUUACAUGUCAUAUUCCACAGAUGUUGGCGCAGCGGUGAACCGUUGAUUAGUGGAACUUUAACAUAUGUGAAGGCAGAGAGAAAAAAAAAAAAAAAAGUCUUGUGCA